GCACACAGUAAAUCCAGAGCCUGCAGUGCCCGAUCGCGCUAACCCAAAAGAUCCAUAAAAGGCGAUAGUAAACAGUUAGCUUUCAAGAAAGGACAAAAAAAAGGGGACCUGACUGCAAGCCAGUGAGGGUGGGAGAAAACACCUGCACUGGACAAGUGAGUAGGGGGUCAAAAUCUAUUAGGGACCUAGAAGGAAAAUAAUCCUAGAAAAGAAAAAAAGAAAAAAAAAAAACUCCACUGAGCCUGAAAGCAGGAGAGGAGAGAGAAGAGGUGCUGGACAGCAACACAAAACAGGAACAGAGCAAAGUGACUGGAAUGAUAAGAUGAGAAGACGGCAUGUGCUAGUGAGGCUUUUUCUGGAUGAGGCCUUUCUGGGACUGGCGCUGGCGUUGUGUCUGGGUCCGCGCGCCCUGGCCGUGUGUCCGUCGGCGUGCUCCUGCGGCCCCAGCCACCGGGAGGUGGACUGCUCCCGGAGGGGUCUGCGGCAGCUGCCCGACGACCUGCAGCACAACCUGCGCGCCCUCAACCUCUCCCACAACCGCUUCCACGACCUGGACGGCCUGCUGGCGCCGUACACCCACCUCAGAGUCCUGGACGUGUCCCACAACAGGCUGAUCCGGCUGCCCGGGGACCUGCCCCGCUCCCUCUGGCAGCUCCACGCCGCCGCCAACCGCGUCCAGCAGCUGGACAAGAACCACACGGUGUACCAGUGGAACCUGCGGACGCUCGAUCUGUCCGGCAACAAGCUGGAGAGGGUCACGUUCAUCAACAACACGCUCACCAACCUGUGCGCGCUCAACCUCAGCCGCAACCACCUUCGGACUCUGCCCACCAACCUCCCCUCCCGCCUGGAGGCCGUUGACCUGUCGCACAACCUGCUUUUGAAGGUUCUGCCGGGCUCUUUGGACCGGCUCCCCAGGCUGACUCACCUGUACCUCCACGCCAACCGCUUUUCCGCCCUGCCGUCCGGCGUCUUGGACAAGAUGGCGUCCCUUCGGAUCAUCACGUUGGGAAGCAACCCCUGGGCCUGCCACCUGUACGCCGACGUGGCCUACCUGCUGUCCUGGAGCCAGCGCACCCCGGCCCGGGUCCUGGGCUGCCCCUGCCACACCCACCCCGUCUGCGGGGGGGCGCGGCCCGCCCGGACCGGGGGCUGGCACUUUGCGUCCUACAACCUGCCUCCGUUGGCCGCCAGCGCCCCAGAUCUGACCCCCGUCCCCCCGGAAGCCGGGGUCACCGGGUGGUGGUAUUUGUCCAUUUCGGCUCACACCCCCGAGGAGACCCCGAGCUCACAGGAUCACACCCCCCCGCCCGAACCAAUCGCCAUUUCCACCCCAACCACAGCCCCUCACCUGACCAUUAAUCACCCGCCCGCGACGGCCAGCCCAAUGACCGUUCAUCAUCUGGUCUCUGACACAAAGGAAACCUCACCCUCUGACUCCCUCCACACCACAGGCGCAGGCCCCCAUCUCUCUGACAAAAGUCUCAUCACCGAAACGGUCAAGGGGAAUGGCAUGGCGCUGGCCACCGAUCGAUUCUUUACAACAGAGAGCCCCACCGUCCAGACAAAGAGGACGAGCACUCUCCGCACCCGAAGCGUCAGGAGGCAGAAUCAGUCUCUUCCUGGAGGCGUCCGAAGCAGCAGCCCGACCGUUUCUGCCUGCUCCGCAGUCUGUUUACUUGAUAUUUUGGGAAUUCUGUCUCUCGUUGUGCCUCGAGGCUUGUGAAAUAACAAAUGAAAAACGCAAACGCUCGUAAAUUUAAAAGCACAAAGACAUGAAACAAAACGCGCACAAACAUGAGACUUUCCAUUAGAUGAUGAGUUGUCACGUCGGAGCAAUUAUGUUUCCAAGAAAGUUGGUCAUUUUAGGUCAUUUUAGGCAUCUGGAGGGAUUUCAAAGCCAUUCUCCCAUGUCUGCAUCUCUUGUUUGGCACUGCUGUUCAAGAUAUGUCACGAUUAGGAAACAGCCUUUUCAGAAAACAUGAAAUACAAUGUUUUAACACUGAUUAGAUUAUGGCUGAACAGUGUGCUCAUGAGAGGAGGAAUUAUCCUCUUCAGGCUUGAGGAAGCAGCAGUAAUUGAUUAAAGACUUAGAAAUACAGAUUUUCUGACAAGUAGAAGACAACUUUCUAUUUGUCAAUCCUUGUUUAGUGACCUCAGGCCAAUAGAGUCCAUCCUUUGUUUCUAACCUCAUAGUCUCUGAAUUUAUUCUGUAAUAUUAUGAACUACAUAUAAUUAGAAAAAAAAUAUUUGCAAUUUUGCAGUGUAAAAAAUAAAUUUUUAUUUGUCUACAUAACCUAAAAGUGAAUUUGUCCCUGCACUGAAACUGAACAUUUCUGGGAGUUAGUCUGUCUUCAUCGUCUAAACAGCAUGCCAACUUUUUUGGAAACAGGGUUAAACAAUUAAAGCUUUUUUUUAGCUCAACAAGCAAAUGACAUCCUGAUACAAUGCUUACAGUCAUGCUAAUUUGAUCUGUAUGUUUCUGGAAAAAAAACGUCCUUUUUCUAAUGACACUUUGGAAAAUGUCUCCAAAGGAAAUGAAAAGAUGUUGUAAUGAAUGCAGCUAAGCACAUGAUGGCACUAUACCUUCAGCUAACAGUGUCUCAUUCCACUGAAUGCCAGCAAACAGGCUGGUCAUCGCUCUCUUAUCUAGUUUAAUUUAGUCUAUCUUACUUUCAGUUUACCAGGCUAAGCAGCAUUGCCCUGAUUUGUCUGUUUGUAACUAUUUUGAUUUGAAUUGUCUUUCUUGCCUUUUUCUUUUUUUUUAGCAACCAGCAAUCAAAAAGCAAGCUUCAGUGAGUCAAACUAUCAUUGUGAGUGGUUGAUGUCAGGCAAAUGUUGGUGCAAAUAUUUUUAUAGAUGAGUGUUUUUUUUUCUGGCAACAGGAUGUAUGAUUCUGUAAUGGCAGACGCACAUCAGGAAACCACAGUCAGUUGAGCAGAGGGCAAAAAAAAAAAAAAGAACAACGCCGCAUCACUUUGCUCAACAAACUCAGAGCACAGAUUACCGCUUCUGUAUUUUGAUCACAUCUCAGACUUAAGUGUCCUUCAUGAUUCAGUGACACUUGUGAAAAUGAUCUGCAUGGUGACUGAACGCUCCAAGAAUGCUAACUUACCGGCGUAUUGCGGCGGCGCAUUAAAGCACAGUUUUCAGCUUUUUCCAUCAAAAUGUCCAUCCAGAUUCCGAUUGCUUUAAACAGCACUGAUGCACCGGCCCGCAGAUUUCUACAUUUUAGCGACGCCUUUGUGGCAGAAACCAAAAGUUGCCUGAAUGAUAAAAAACAUGCAUCACAGCAGACUGAAUUUAACAAAUGAAAGAAGAGCUUGUGACAGAGACUGUGUUAAUGGUUGGGUAUAAGAUUAACGUGCAAUGCAAUGUUCAAUAAAACGUGAAAGUUCACAGCCUCCAGUGAUUUAACAGACACUGUUUUCUU